UGGUACUAUUGAUGUUGCCGGUACGCCCCAAGAAACACUGCCGGCUAGUUGGUUUGAAAGCCACCAAUUGGUAAGCAACAGGAUGUCAAGAAAUCAUAGGUCUUGGAAAGUCACCGAUUAACGUAUGUGCACGGUGGCGGACAUUAGUUAAAGUUCAAAGUGACGCUUCAGUGGAAUACAAGCUAUUAAACAUGACAACCUGCGCACGAGCUGUGUGAGCACGAGCGUUCUCAAGAAGCUCGAGUGUUUGUAAGACGUCGAUUCAGUAUUGAAAAUGGAACAUCCUCUUGAAACUAAGAUUGAAGUCAGCGAAACAGAGGAGAUCUCACAAAACGUAUCUCAGGCUUCAAUUCCAUCGCCACCAGGUUCACCUGAUAUCACGAAAACAUCCGAACCUCGUACCCCGCAAAGGCGAAGACCCUCAUCGAAGAAACGACGUCUCCGAAAAGGGGAUCCAGACAGACUUACGCUCACGCUGACGAUUCCCGCAGCCAGCAACGAAAUUUCGCCAACUUCUCCGGUCUACCCGGUCACCCCAAAUAUAGAUGAAGUAUCUACGCAAAAUAUAAAUAAGGGUAUUCCAUCAUUGCUGCCAGAGUUCCAAACAACGCUUGCAUUAGUGCAGAUUUCAGGUGGCGGUGGACUAAACAUCCCCGGCGAUGAUCGAUCCGAAUGUACAUUUUUGUCGAUUCAAGCGUUCGUAUCGAGAACAUGGCUGUUAUUAAUUCGUCUCUUGUACGUCGUCUACAUUGUUAUGUUUAUUAUUUCCAUUUACUAUUUAUAUAUAACGCCGCUAGCGAAUGUGACCAUCUUCUGGCCAAGCACCGUACUCAACCUCGUAGCUGCCCUAAGCAAUCAUAUCGCGCUCAAUCGCUAUACGGGCAAACUCUACGUUCUGUUAACGACGUUGAGUGCCCGCCAGCCAAAAAAUAUAAAAACAUGUAUUGUUGUGGUUCUCGCAUGCAUCACGGCGGUAACGGCGAUGCUGACACUGAGGUUCUACGAGGUAAACAACUCGCAUCGUAACGUGCAGUUAACUGGUUCGAAAAACUGGACUGUCUAUACCUUCAUUGUCCUGUAUUUCUGCCGGAAUUUCGAAUCGCUCAUCAUCGUUGGUUCGACAGUAUUCGUAAUGAUUCUGUACGCGCUAAUUGCAGCCGCGAUCAAAUUUGAGUUGCGUGCCAUCAUCGAAGAGCCAGUACCCCACGAGUCUUCACUAGUUCGCCAUUCGACAAUUUCGAAGUUAGUCGCUUACUCCGAUGCCCUGUUCAGUCCCUUGUGUUGUUUCUGGGUGGCAGCUGUUAUUGGGAAUGUAUCUGAGGGACUUGCAAUGGCCCGAUACCACCAAACAACGUAUGCACUACCGCAUAUAACAACAUGGGCCCAUGCUGUUAUGCUAGCUGCAGGCUUCUUCGCCGUAUGUGAGUGCUCGUUUGGCAUAGCUGUUGAGGCUGAACGGGUUCGACUCUGGGUACAUCGGCAUUAUCAAGGCCAAGUGGAUGCCAAUGUCCUUCGUUACCUCAACCAGCAACGGAGCUUCCCAAAAACGCUCAAGUUAUGGGAGUCUCUUGACUUAUCGCGCCAAGCAGUAGUUAUCACAUUCGCAUUUCCUAUCACACUGUACACGAUCAUCCUGCUGAUCCUCGACCCUAUCAUGCACCAGACGGCAAGAGAGACGUCGUCGAUACUGCCUGCCGUUGACUAAAACCGAAUUUCUUGCCUAAUCUGAUUCGAUUUGUUCAGCUAACAACUAUAGAGAGAGCAUGCGCGUUUAACAUUAGCCAUGCGUUAUUUCGCAUCUGGAAUCAAUCAUUGAACAGAACAAUAUUUUACUAGAAGCCCUUACUUGGGCUAAGCCCAAAUCAGUACACAGCUGGAGGAACCAGGGCAUAUUUUUACGACCAAUCUGACCUUAUUAUUGGGACUAAGUGUAUGGCAUUUACAGCUGAGCCGUUCUACAUAUAUAGCAUUGAGUAGCGACGAUUUCAUUAACCGAUAUGUAACGAAAGCGCAGAUCUAUAUCAACAAUGAGCAUUUGGCGUAACUGACUACAUUCUAAGAUGCCAACUGUUUUUCGAAGGAUAUUGCCCUGGCCAGCGUAGGGGCAUUGUCUUCACAGUGGAAAAAAAACUGCAUCCUCUAAAGAUGUAAGAUACAACUGUACAUAUGACAAUAUAGGAAACGUUCUUCAUUAUAUAAUAAAUAAUUAAACUACUAACAUUUACAGUAACGUCAACUCGCAACUCCUACUCCUUACCGCAAGAGGUGAGAAAUAAAACAUUAUUGAUUAUUACAAGAAAACAUUUAUGCUGGAAUUACAUAUAUAUUCUAAACUUUACAGCAGGGUAAAUUCUAAGUUCUGACCGUUUAAAUUACACAUUUCUCAAUUCAAAAUGGAGAAGAAGAGUUGUGUGGAUUACGUGUAUUGUUUUUCUUCAUCGUUAACCAAUGGCACAAGUUUCUGUACUCACGAAACCGAGUCUAAAGAUGAACAGUUGUACGGAGAAGUCCGUUGUCAGUAUAAUAAUUCUGGGUCUUACGUGAGGUAUCACAGAAAAAUACUCAAAAGGCAGCCGUCCCAAAAGCAGAACUGUUGACCUGAACGCAUCUUUUAUUUGCGCCGAUCUGGUUUCCUGUCUACGCUGGACGCAUGAUCGAAUGGGUACGUCCUGUAUAACAUCGUGAGAAAAAUUUAGCUGUUAGGUCUAAAAUGGGCUUAGUGACAGAAUAGACGCUUAAUAGUGGGCCAAUCGCAGUUAAGUAAUGUAUAGGAUUCAUGUUAGUCUUUCGAUCUGGAGUUGUAGGGUGACAAAUAGAUAGCGGUCUUCAGAUAUUUGCUAUAAUAACAACAACUCUCUAUCAAAAGCUAAGUAUCGGUAUAAUUGAACUUUGCCAGUGCGAGGUCGAGUGUGUGCGGAACGAUAUAUCGAUACGUCGCAAAUUUUUUUUGCCCCAAUAGACGACUGUACUAUUUUAAUCAUUUCCUUAAUACCCUGCAGCUGGUCGUAUUUCUUAGAAUAGUAAAUUUGUUAGCAUUCUUAGUACAGAUCUCAGUGCCUUUAAUAUAGCAUAUGUAUUUUGUACUAAAUGUCACAUGCCCAGACCUUCAUGGCAAGCCGACGGUUUUAGAACACUUGGUUUAAUAUAUUGUUUUUAGGCGUGCCAUUUAUUCAGUGCUCAUAUGCCGUUGCCUUCAAAGUUUUGCUGCAGACUAUUAGCUAGCGUCUUUGAAUCGAUUGGUGAUCAAUGCCAAGCAAAUUCAAGCUUGUCUCAAGUUAUCCCUCUUGUUUGAGGCUGCAUACAACCUGGUAGUCCCUUUGGAUGGUCGCUGUGCCCGAACUUUAAACUUGAAUUUUUUAAACGGGCAGCAAUUUCUAUGGUCGAAUAAACUAUUACAGUAAGAGAUUUUGCUCAUUCGAGAGAACAUAUAUAACAUAUAGUAAAUCAUAAUUUAGCGCGUCCUGGGCUGCGACUGUCGGUGACUACCCUCGCUAGUUGCGGUUAGUCACCUCAUGUUAUUAUAAGCUGAAAAAUAGAAUAUCAUUAAUUAAAUUCUAUGAAACGACGGACAUCGAAACGAGUAUUUACUCCAUCACUUUAUCUAUAGACUAAUCGUGUAUUACUUUUUUUCUUCUCUAUGCUACACUGAUAAUGAAGUAAUGAAGGACAACUUCUUGUUGAACUCAAGUUUUCACGUUGCUUAAGUCGGUCGAUGAAUUCAGGAUGCCUUCGUAGAAUAUUUGGCAGUCUCUGCACAGGUAGACCGUGCUUUAUAAUUUAUAUGAUGACCAGUCUGUUAUGUUAACGCCUAGGUAUUAGUGAAUGAUCCGCUUACCUUUUGACUUCCAUUUGUUCAGUCAUGUUAGGUUUCAACAGCCAAUAGACAUGCUACCGGAAAUAUCACACAAGAGAACUUGAUUAGGUUUAGAAUAGCUGAACAAAAAACAAUUUUGCUUUUUGAAAAUAUGAUAGUUUUACAAUAUAGUAGAUUCCCUUUACUAGGGGUCUGCAAAUGGUACUGUUAUAUCGAUGUGCUAAUAAAGCUUUCGUAUAUCGA